AACACUGAAGGUGUUCAGUGAGUUCAGAGUCCACUUUGAGAGAACAGAGCAGAAGCAGGAGAAGACACCAAGAAAAACAGUUGAGAAGAUGAGUGUUUGUGUGGAGGAAGAGGAUGGAGCAGAGUCUACAGGAUCCAGAUAUGUGUCUAUGAAGAAGGACUGGUCCAAAUGUGAGCCUCCAUCAUUCAGUCCUGAACCUGGAGCCUCAGACACAAAAGUUCAGAACCACGGACAAAGAGCAGAACCUCCAGGAACCAGCUCUGUGUCUAUGAAGAGUAACCAAUCCAGAAUUCCUCCUCUAAACUUCAGUAAUGAACCUGGAACCUCAGACACAAAAGAGAAGAAGAGGAGUCAUGUUCUUGAGGAGGAGCAGCCGUCCUGCUGUGCUGUGUGUCAGGAGGUUCUGAAGGAUCCAGUCUCUAGCAGCUGUGGCCACUGGUUCUGCAGACAGUGCAUCACCUCAUACUGGAACCAGUCUGGACCAUCAGGAGACUUCUCCUGUCCCCAGUGUGCGAAACAAUCCAGAACCAGAGCUGGGCUACAUACGGGCCGUCGGACCAGCACCGUCCAACCAGAUGUUGCUCUGCAGGAGGCUUUAGUUGAACACAAGCUCAGUCUGAGGAGCAGAUGUGAACGUGUGACUGAAGGAGGUGAAACAGGAAAUGGAGUCCUCCUCACCAGCAUCUACACUGAGCUCUACAUCACAGAGGGACAGAGUGAAGAGGUGAACACCCAACAUGAGGUGAGGCAGCUGGAGACAGCUUCCAAGAAGAAGACACUCCAUGAGGCUCCCAUCAAGGUCCACCACAUCUUUAAAACCUCCUCUGACCCACACGGACCCAUCAGACUGGUUCUGACCAACGGCGUCGCUGGCGUUGGAAAAACCUUCUCGGUGCAGAAGUUCACUCUGGACUGGGCCGAGGGCCGGGAAAACCCAGACCUCAGUGUGCUGGUUCUGCUGUCGUUCAGGGAGCUGAACCUGAUCAGAGAUCAGCAGCACAGUCUUCUCACGCUGCUCCAUGUUUUCCAUCCAACGCUCCAGAAGGUCCCAGCAGAGCAGCUCGCUGUCCUGAAGCUUCUGUUCAUCUUUGACGGCCUGGAUGAAAGCAGACUCUCACUGGACUUCAGCCGCAGGAAGGUUGUGUCUGACGUCACACACAAGUCAUCGGUCAACGUGCUGCUGACCAACCUCAUCCAGGGGAACCUGCUUCCCUCCGCUCUGGUCUGGAUCACUUCCCGACCCGCAGCGGCCCAUCAGAUCCCUCAUACGUGUGUGGACAGGGUUACAGAAGUACGAGGCUUCACCGACGCCCAGAAGGACGAGUACUUCAGGAGGAGAUCCAGCCACGAGCAGCUGUGCAGCAAAAUCAUCUCACACGUCAGGACGUCUAGGAGCCUCCACAUCAUGUGUCAGAUCCCAGUGUUCUGCUGGAUCACUGCUACGGUUCUGGAGCACAUGUUGACUACAGAGCAGAGAGGAGAGCUGCCCAAGACCCUGACAGACCUGUACUCACACUUCCUGCUGGUCCUGACCCAGAGGAAAAGGAACAAGUACCAUGAGGGACAUGAGACCAGUCCACAGGAGCUGACGGAGGCUGACAGGGAAGUUCUCCUGAAGCUGGGGAGGCUGGCGCUCAAACAUCUGGAGGAAGGAACCAUCAUGUUCUACCAAGAAGACCUGGAGCAGUGUGGUCUAGACGUCACAGAGACCUUGGUUCACUCAGGAGUCUGUACAGAGAUCUUCAGGAGAGAGAGUGUGAUCUUCCACAAAACAGUCUACUGCUUUGUUCAUCUGAGCGUUCAGGAGUUUCUGGCUGCUGUUCACAUGAUGCACUGUUACACCAACGAGAAGGAGGGGAUGGAGAACUUCCUAAAAGAAUCCAAACACACCUCAUCUCUGGAUGAGUUCAUGUAUAGAACCAUGUCUAAAUCCCUCCAGAGUCCAAGUGGCCACCUGGACCUGUUUGUUCGCUUCCUUCAUGGCCUCUGUCUGGAGUCCAACCAGAGAAUCUUAGGAGGUUUGCUGGGUCACACAGAGACCAGUCCAGAAACCAUCCAGAAAAUCAUCACCAACCUGAAGGAGAUAAGGAAUGAUGAAAUCUCUCCAGACAGAAGCAUCAACAUCUUCCACUGUCUGAUGGAGAUGAACGACCACUCAGUCCAUCAGCAGAUCCAAGAGUUCCUGAAGUCAAAGAGAAGAUCAGAGAAGAAACUCUCUCUGAUCCAGUGCUCAGCUCUGGCCUACAUGUUGCAGAUGUCAGAGGAGGUUCUGGAUGAGCUGAACCUGAACAAGUACACUCAAACUCACACUUCAAAGGAGGGACGUCGGAGACUGAUUCCAGCUGUGAGGAACUGCAGAAAAGCUCAACUUUCUAGCUGCGGACUCACAAAGACUCACUGUGAAGUUGUGGCCUCAGCUCUGACGUCCAACCCGUCACAUCUGACACAACUGUACCUGAGUUUGAACAACCUGCAGAACUCAGUGAAGGUGUUGUGUGCUGGACUGGAGAGUCCUCACUGUCGACUGGAGACUCUGAGAUUGAUUUGCUGCAGUUUGUCAGAGAUCAGCUGUGAUUCUCUGGGUUCAGCUUUGAAGUUCAACCCGUCACAUUUGACAGAACUGGACCUGAGUGGAAACAAGCUUCAGGAUUCAGGAAUGAAGCAUCUGUGUGGUUUUCUGGAGAGUCGUCACUGUCGACUGGAGACUCUGAGGUUAAGUUGCUGCAGUUUGUCAGAGAUCAGCUGUGAUUCUCUGGUCUCAGCUCUGAAGUCCAAUCCGUCACAUCUGAAACAUCUGGACCUGAUGGACAACAAGCUGCAGGAUUCAGGAGUGAAGCAUCUGUGUGGUUUUCUGGCGAGUCGUCACUGUCGACUGGAGACUCUGAGAUUGAGUUGCUGCAGUUUGUCAAAGAUCAGCUGUGAUUCUCUGGUCUCAGCUCUGAAGUCCAACCCGUCACAUCUGACACAACUGGACCUGAGCUACAACAAGCUGCAGGAUUCAGGAGUGAAGCAGCUGUGUGGUUUUCUGGAGAGUCGUGACUGUCAACUGGAGACUCUGAGAUUGAAGAGCUGCAGUUUGACAGAGAUCAGCUGUGAUUCUCUGGUAUCAGCUCUGAAGUCCAACAAGUCACAUCUGACAGAACUGGACCUGAGUGAGAACAACCUCCAGGAUUCAUCAGUAAAGCCUCUUCUUGACCUGCAGCAGUGUCCAGACUGUCGGAUGCAGACUCUGAGCUGGAGAUGAUCCAGAUGUGGAAGCAGCAGCAGUGUUUGUGUGUAGAGGUUCUGACUGGUUCAUGUUACUGGGAACAGAGCUUCAUCCACAACUGACUGACAGAGGAACCAGAACCAGUGGAGACGACUCUCAGUAUGAACUGAUCUGAGACCAGCUGCUCUGUGUCCAGUCCACCAGGAUCAUGUGGGAAAUGAAGUGUGUGGUGCAGUAGUUAGAAAUCGGGGGCAGUGUUGACUGUAAUUCUUCUUCAGGCUCCUCUAGAGGUCAGUGAAUGAGGACUUUCUACCAGCUGGAGCUUUGUUGUUUUCUAACCAUCCUGAGCUCAAAGAGCUACAGGAGAACAGAUGGACUUUAGCUUGUAGAACCAUUGGCCCAAUCAGAUCAAAGCGAGACCAGGCUCACGGCUCUGCUUCUCUAAUGGAAACCCUGGUCAGAGAAUGUUUAUCUCUAUCAAAGACCAUGGAUCAGUCUGCAGGUUCACUACUUCCACGUUCACCACAGUCAGUGAAGACUUAAUAGUUGCUAAAGUUAGUCUGUCACUUCAUUGUGACCAAGUGCCUUUACUUUGUGUUCUGGUGCAAUAAACAGCGUCAGGGGUCACUAGAUGGCUCUCAUUUCUAGGGAGGAGCCCUAAAUCCACACUGAGGCUCUAGUAGUACAGUGUCCUGAUCCAGACCCACCUACUCCUGUGCUGUGUUCACCUGUGGAGGGAGUUGGAUUCUUUACCAAAUCUAUUUGGCUCAGUCAUGAAUUUUAACUACAACCCACACAUGUUUCCUGUUUCCUGAGACCCUUUUUGUUCACAUGAUUUUAGUCUAAAUUAAUACUGAAUAAAAAUGCUUAUUCUUCCACAGUGAAACUAUUUCUCAAUGUAGUAGAGGGUCUGCAGUUCCACCUCCCUGAGAUUGGGGUUCUUUUACUGUUGAUUUCGAGGUUUCUGACCCUGUUUAUGGCUUCUGGCAGUGUAAUACUGAAAACAUGGAACACUCAAAGACCAGGAACAAGAGGAACAUUUUUAUUGUUCAGUAUUUUCAAUUGUAUGAAACCAAUAGAACUAGAAUCGCAACCAGCUUCAUUCUGCAGUGACAUGUAGCAUCUGAGACACAUUGCUUAUUUUUUUCCUCAACCAGCUGUAUGUGGGUGACGACGAAGACUUAGAGUCCUGCUGUACAAUGUAUGAAAAAUAAUGCAUGAGUCCAUCCAGGGUCCAACCAUCCACUGUUGGAGCCCCCACAGGUCAAGACUGUCACAACACCAGACUCACAAACUGUUUCCCAGCUACUUCCACUAGGCUCUGUGUUCACUUACUGUACCAUCAGUCAUGUGACUCCUCCAGCUGCAGUUAAUUCAUCAUUAGUCUCUUGUUAUUUAGGCUCCAAUAUUCACCCGAAACAUUGCCAGAUUGUUGCGUGUUUCACCUCUUUCCAGCGUUCUUAUCUUGUUACCUUGCCGUGCUUUUGAUCCUGUUUUGUACCAGACCACGUCUCCAGCCCAGCCCUUGUUUAUCCUGUCAGUCUGUGUGAGUUUUGACCAUUGCCUGCCUUUGACAUGCGCCUGCCUUAUCCUUGUCUGUACUGCUGCCUAUGACCUAUCUGUGUACCGACCAACGUCUGUAUAUUGGACCUGUUUGUGCCAUUACGGUGGAAACGUCCGUGUAGCCCAAUCAAACUACAUGCACCAUCUCAUCUCUGUCGCAUCUUAAGCUAAAAUAUAAUUCAAAUACUAAUUUGAGUUUAUAUCAGAGUGUGGCUCAGUUUCAUUUUUCUGUAUUGAUAUAGACGUGUUAUCAGUCUGGUGAUAAACAGAUGGGAGGAAUGUUAUAGAGUGGU